AUGCAAUCGAUUGACCAGCCCAUGUCGGGCGUAGUGACGAUGAAACGUGCCUCGUCAACACCAUCCUCGUCAUCAACACAACAAAUCCAUUACAAACUCAUCAAACACUCGCAAGAUGUCAAAAAGAGUGCUUUUUUAUCAUGGAAGAAAGUUCCUCUCUCUCUCUUUUCUCAUCCCAACACAUUGGCGAUCAUGAAAAAGAAAGAUCCAGUCAAUUCUCGUAAAUCAACACUCAUGCUCGAUGCCCAAUAUACUCAAGUCAAAAUGAUUACCAAUGAAAGUAUGAACAAGAAACAUCCCUUUUGCUUUUCCAUUAAAUCGCACAUUGAAGGAAAAAACAAAGAAGAAGAAUGGAUGUUUGAGUGUUCUUCACGUGCCGAAUGUGAAGAUUGGGUCGAAUCGAUCAAGAGAUUGUUGAAUCGAGGAGUUGGUGGUGGUGGUACAUCGUCCUCUCAAUUAAUGUUACAGAACAUGACUUCUGUUGACGUGAACAUCUUGACCUCGCAUACUGUUGAACAAGUUCUUGUGGUGGUGCCAGAACAACAACAUCAACAAUCAUCGGUGAUACAAUCCGCAUCAUCAGCUCAUCCUCAACCCAUCACCAAAGAUUCUCAUCCACCGAAAGAAGAAGAAGACAAAGAACCAAAUCAAAAGAUCGGUCUCUCUUCCCACACGUCAACAUCUCCUCCACAAACAACCAAACCCGAAACAACCACAACAUCAAUACCACCACUCCAUGCUUCUACUUCAUCACUCGAAGAAUUGCAACCAGCCAAAUUGGAUGACACUCUCGUCGAUGAUGAAUUAGAACCUAUUGAACCAGCAAAAUUGGACGACGUCGAGGAAGAACCUGUAUUUGUCUUGCAAAAUGCAGUCAUCAAACGAGUGGAGGAUGACAAUGCAGCAGAUGAUCAUCUUCAUCAUGAGGAGGAGGAAAAGAAGAAGAACAUGACGAUACAAAACAACUCUCAAGUCGGAAAAAAGAAGACAACCAUUCUCAAAGAUGAAGAGUCCUCUGAUGAAGAUAUCAUUGUCACAUCCAAAAAGAAAACAUCUGCAACCACCUCUCCUCCAACGGAAUCUACCAACCCUAGGGCCACUAGUAACAACUCCUUCUCAUCAGCAAAAACAACAAAUUCAUCGAAUGCCACUACGACGAGUAAGCAUCAAUCAUCCGCUUCUUUGGGUGGGCCUCCCAAUAAGGCCAAAAAAACUGUAUUGAAAGAUGAUGAUUCUUCUUCUGACGAGGAGGAGAAGGAUGACAUCAAAGUUGUGAACAAGAAAAAUACGAGUUCCACCACUCCUUCACCAUCAUCAUCCGGUGGUCCUCCAAACAAAUCUAAAAAGACUGUCCUCAAAGAUGAAAGUGAUGACGACGAUGAACCUCCCAACAAAAUUACCUCUUCUGGGGCACCUCCAAAGAGAACCACCACUUCUCUUCCUAAGGAAGAAACAAAGAAGGAAGAACAAGAGGAGGAGGACGAUGUGAACAAAACAAUCAUAAGAAAAGCACCUUCUAGCCAAAAUGCUUCUUCGAAUAGCUUAAAGUCAGGCACUACCGACUCCAUUGUUGAAGUGACCAUGAUGGAUCCACUUUUCGAACUUUCUGAAGAUGAAAAAGAUGAGGAGGACGAUCGUAACAAUGAUGAUGACGAAGAUUAUGAAAUGGAUAACGAAGUGGGCGAUCCAAUUUCAUCACUUUCUCAACUCAUUGAAGAGCUUGAAUAUAACUCUAAUUGCAGAGCUAAGGCAAUGAAAUGUGCAAAAUAUUUACAUUCCCAUUUUGUGAAAAAUAAGAAGCAAUUAAUUGACGAUAUUCUUAAACAUGAAGGUUUACAAUCAUGCAUUUGUAUGAUUAAUGAUAACACUAAGAGUUAUUCAAUUGCAUUCACAGGUCUCUCGAUAUGUGUGGAAGUUAUUGAAAGUACAGCACCAAACAAUGAACAACACAAGGCACUCAUGAAAUUAACUGGAUGUAUGGGCGCAUGUAUUGAUAUUGUGAAGAGACAUCAUUGCAAAUUUUUGAAGAGAAUGACAGCAGCUUCGAACAAGAUCAACACGACCACACAUGUCGAGCACGUUCGUGUCAUGUCUUUGGCUGUACAACUAUUAUCAAUGUUGAGUGAAAAGCCAAGUGAUCAUGUCAAUGAGUUACUUGCUGAAUUGGAAAAAGUGAUCAAGCAGUGUGACGAGGUUAUUUCCAAAGUUUAUGCUCUCAAGCAACUCACUCUAUCCUACGAAUUAUCAAGAAACAUGUUUAUUUUGUUGAAUAAUAUUAGUUUGCACAAUAUUGAAUCAUUGAAAACCAUCAGCAAAAAACAAGGCGCCUUUGACAUGAUGAUCAAAUUCGUCGUCUAUCACUACGGAGUAUCAAUUCCAAACAAGAUCAAUAACGAUGAUGAAAAUGCAAUUAUUAUUCCACUGACAAAGUUUGUGUCAUUGACUGCAAAAGAUACCUCAAAGAUGGCUAAAAUGGAACUAGCCAAAUCCAUGGUCAUGCAAGGAGGUGUGUCAUCAUUGCUUUCUCCGCCUUCAACUGCAACAAAACAAAAUUCCAAAUCCUCGAACAUUCAGCAAUACAUUACGAAAAUAUUCCUUGAAUUAUCAGACGCUUCUCCUCUCAUUAUGAAAUCAUUCAAGAAUAUUGUUCUAUUGAAUUUGAAGAAUAAGGAAUUGGUCACGAAUACGCUCAACGUCAUGCAUACCAUUUACAGAAACAAAUCUGACUCAGACGCAAGAGAAAAGCUGAUACAAGUAUUAGCCACAGAAUUUGGAAGUCUCUUCUUUGCUGCUCUCUCCAAAUAUGCCGAUGAUGGUUGGGUAGUUUCAUUCUGUGUUGAAUUUUUAUUUGAAAUUGAAAAGUGUUAUCCAAGUGUGCUUGCCAAAGCUUGGGGUGAAACUUCGACGGAUUCCAAGAUAUCACAAACAGUGUAUACACACGUACGAACUCUUGUACUCUCACUGAAUGAGUUUAACGAUAAUGAACUCUAUGAAAUGAUGAUGAGCUUAUUCUUGAAACAUUUAGAGAACGAUCCAAAUAGUGCAGGUGCACAAUUUGCUGGUACUUUUGGCUUCCAUGUUGCUCUACUCGAUAUUAUUCAACGCUCCACGACACCUCACAUUCUAACUUUGACACUUCAUGUAUUGUCUCUUGUGAUACCGUACACUCAAUUCAAAAUGAAACGAAGCUCUAUUGAUAAGGACAAUCUAAAUCAAGUUGAGAAUAUUCUCUCCAAGGAUAUUCGUGAGAAAUUAAUUGCAUCAUGCUUUUCCAAGUUAAAAGAUGCAACCAAUAUGGAAAAAGAAGGAUGUAUCUUUUUAUUUUCCAUAUUGCAAGGAAUUGCUCAAUACUAUGAAGCUUUCAAAGUCAGCAUGGAUGACAUGAAAUCAUUGGUGAAAUAUACUCAAACAUUUACACAUAGUGACAAUGAUGGCGAGUUGAGCUUGUCUCUGUUGAAACUUGUUGCGAAAUUGAAUGAAAUGGAUUCUAAUGGCAUGAUUUUACAGAAAUCGGGUUGUAUUGAUUUGUGCAAGGAGUUGGUGCAAUUACACAGUGACAGCAAUAAGGAAUUGAAAGAGUUUGCCAAGAAUGAGUUAUCUACGUUGUUGUAA